AAAUGAAAACACUUUUAUAAGAUAAUUUACUCCUUAAAAUCCUUUUAACCUGCAUAAUUGCCUCUUUCAUUAUCUAUGGUGUCUCUAAACUGUGCAUUAGAACGACUUAACGUGCACUAGAAUGAACUUACCAGUACAUCUCUUCUCUUUACAUUCACGCUAUGGAUAUAGAAGGUUUUAAUGAUCAGUGCUGUAAGAACUGUGAGGAUGCCCUGGAAUCUAUGAAUAAGUGGUUUUAUCUGGAUGAGCAAGGCAUAAAGAGAGGCCCUUAUAAUAGUUUUGCCAUACUGUAUUAUAUAUAUUCUUCGUACUUUGAGGAUGAUUCUCCGUUUUUUCUCUACGAUGAAGAGAAUAGGAUGGCGUUAAACUAUAAUACACUGGAAAAUUAUCUUGAGACUAUUAUAGAAGAUGUAAAGCUGAAUGGGUCACACGUAUUUUCGUGUUCACAUAUUAUGGAACAACUUAUGAAAAAUGAAGAGAACUUGAGCGACCCGGAUGAUUCAACUUCAGAAAUACACGGUUCUAUAUCUGGAUAUAGCAGUCCACCGGAAAAUAAAGCACACAUGUUUAGAAGUGAGGCCUUUGAAGCAGGGAGGAUAUAUACAUCCGGUGAAAUUGAACCUAUGGAGGAUAUCGGAUUGCGAAGACAUAGUGCCCCUCAUACACGAUUACUUUCAAAGGAAUCAAGCGAACAGGGGAAACCUUCAAUAGGACAAUAUAAUUCAUCACGCAGUUUAUCAACCCAGCAGAGCAUAUUGAGGAAGCGCUUAGAAAAUAACUUCAAGGAGGCAGAGGCACACCUAUCACGCAUAAACACUCGAAAGAUCAGCCACGUCAUAGAAAAAAAUUUAAAUCACGGAAAUAGUAAUUGA